AACUGAUAAAACUUUCCUUCAAAUAUGUCCAAAAGUACAACUCCCAUGAAAUGGUGCAGCACAAGAAAUUUCCCACUCAACUUUUACUUAUUCAUUUCUUAGACAAAGUUUCUUUGUGAGUUUCCUCUUUCCUAGUCUCUUCUUGCAGCUGCACCUUCCUCACUUCAUGCAUUUAUAAAUAACACUCAUAUCUCCCACAUCUCCUUCACACACAUUUCAUUUCAUUUUCAUUUGCUAAGUUUUUAGUUUCGGAACAUAACCAAACUUAUGACUGUAAACCACUUAUACUGUCUUAUAACCAUGGAAAAGAGUUCCUUGUCCCAAAGCCAACACUCUUCUGCUUUCCCUUUGUUUGGUCUGGUGGAUACCUUCCUCAGCGUGUUUUUCAGAUGGGUUUCUUUCGCUCAGAUCCUUUUCUCCAGGUGUUGCCCACUUCUUCAACACCAACAAUAUGUUUCCGAGAAGAAGAGCAAAAAUCUCGAGGUUCAGAGCUCAAUCACACACGAUGAUGGUCCUUGCAUAGAAGAUGCAGAGAUGGUGAUGCAAAGCUUAGGACUUAUCACCGACCCAGAAAGCUUAGGAGUUCAGAAACGUUACACUGCUGAGGAGCUUUCGAAUCUGUUUGAAGAGAAAGAGCCGAGCUUGGAGGAAGUGAAGCAAGCUUUUGAUGUCUUUGAUGAAAACAAAGAUGGGUUUCUUGAUCCAGUAGAUUUACAGAGAGUUUUGACAAUCCUUGGCUUAAAGCAAGGAUCUAACCUUGAUAACUGCAGGAGAAUGAUCAGCUCGUUCGACGGAAACAAAGAUGGAAGAAUCGAUUUCCAUGGAUUUGUGAAGUUCAUGGAGAACAAUCUCUCCUGAAAUCAUAGUUUCUUGUAAUAAUUAUCAAACUUUAAUAUCAAAAGCUACUAUAGACUAUUGUCACAUACAUGAAGAGGUUAAGCCUGAAACCUAAAAAAAAAAAGAACUAGUA